AUGGAAGAUGAGGAUAUGACUGGAAUCAAAGAGGAACACACGGAGUCAGAGUACUUCUCUGAAGGAGAGGGUUGUGUUGGGGGCUGUCAGUGUGGAGAUCACAACGACGAAGAUGAGACCAGUGAAGUGGAGAGCGCUGACGGCAGGUACUACAAAGAAGAAGGACUUAGCUUCCUAGAGAGCGGCGACGACAGGUGCUACGAAGAGGAAGAUGGAGUCAGCGACCUUGGGAGCGGUGACGACAGGUACUAUAAAGAGGAAGAUGGGCUUAGCUUCCUAGAGAGCGGCGACAACAGGUACUACGAAGAGGAAGAAGAAGAUUGGGGGAUGACUGACAACUCUCUCGACUUAUCUGCGAGCGAUGUGUCUCUUCACAACGAUGGGCAAGGUCGUCAACUUGUGAAGAGCAAACUCGACCUUGAUAUUGAUACUGAAGAUCCAACCCACGGCAACGAUACGGGCGAUGUGGUAGUGAAAAGAGAAGCAGAUUCUCACUUCAAGAGAAAACCGUCCUUGGAAGAUUCUGGUUGGAGCGAGGAGGAAGACCGUCCCCAGGUUACCCAACCACGUCUUGCUAUUGUAAAGUUCUAUGACAGCCUAGACUGGGCAUCGCGAUGGGAAAGGACACAACGCCACACCAACGUCCAUACAGUGGUGUUUGAACCUACUUUCCAAGUCACACACGAACACAUACGCACUCUGGCGUCGUCACCCUACGAAUUCAAGUCAUCCAUUACCAUCGUGCAUAUCGGAGAUGGCUCAGCUUUGGGUAGCAAUUUGCCUAUCGCCCUUGCUGAUGACCUGCCGCAGCUCAAGCAACUUGGCAUCCUUCGAGCUUUCAACCUUACAGAUUCCGCUCUUACCCACCUAAUCGAUCGGUGUUACAACUUGACUGAGCUUGAGCUCUCUGCCAUGGACAAGUACGAACGCCGAGGCCUAAUCCGCCUGCAAAGUUUGCCUGCAAUCUUGAGGAAAGACUAUAAUUGCGCGAAGCACCUCCAGCCAUCUUCCCGCAUGCGCAAAGACCACUGCGCGCUCACCGCCCACGUACCUAUGAUGUACGGCAUAUUGAGUUUCGCAGGCAGUAAGCUCACCACCUCAACAACCCAAGCCGUCGUCUCUCGUUGUGGUCAUACGACAUGUCACUGA